AUGCGCCUACUACUUCGGUUGUGCCUGGCCGGCCUUGUCAGCGCCUAUGGUGUAGAUGUGGACGAUGAAUGUGCCUCUCCCGGCGAGCCUUGUGCGCUGAGUGUCCUACAGAUGCACCGUCGUCCCUCCAACGACAGCAACAGCACGCCGUCAAGCCGAGCGAAUGACACCAACAGCAGCGCCGCCAGCGCCAGCGCUGAGGCUGAGAGCGAGGUGACUGAUCCCAAGGUCACCCGCUGUGAAGACAGCAGCAUGUGUGAAGCCAAUCGCACCUGUGUCUUCAAGGAGGAUAAGACCUGGAGUCAAUGUGUGCCCUUGGAUGACAAGACCUUUCAGAGUGAAUGUCGCUUUUGGGAUCGGAAGAUGCGCAUCGCCGCCAUCAAAGCCACCAAAAUCCUUUGUGACUCCGUCAAGUGUGAAUGGGAUCAGGACUGUGCGAUGGGAAGCAUUUGCGUCAGCAAGCCAGACGGCAGUUGGGCGCAGUGUGUGCCCCUCGCCCAGGACGCCUUCGAAAAGCAGUGCGUGAUUUGGGAGGACGAUUUUCGGCUUGCAGCAAUCCGAGCCACUCACUUCAAUUGCCCAAACACCAGAUGUUACUCGCAAGACUGGUGUGUGCAUGGUGCACGAUGUGCUCUCACCGCAAAUGGCGAUUGGGGUCAAUGCAUCGUGUGCCAGGAGAAAAGCUUUCAAACCAAUUGCUAUUCAUGGCGACAAUCCUUCAUCUCCGCCGCUGAGAGCGCGUGCCACCGGAAGUGCUUGUUCGAUGAAGCAUUUGAGGACGAGAAUGCCGAAAACUCCAAAGAGCACUAA